AUGAGUCGUCCAAAUGCAUCAUCUUCAAAUGGAUUGUCAGUUCCGAUGACUUCGUCGGAGAAGCAGGUGGAGAACCAAGCAAAGUUUUGUCAGUCUCGAGUUGCUCAGACAGAAAAACAUUUGGGUCUGUUAUGUGAAACAGUUGGCUCUAUGAACAGAAAAGCAGCAAGAAUGCGUGAUAAAGGUGAUAUUCUGGCUAAACAGUUGAUUGACUACGCAAAGACUGAGGACACCAGUCACUCCUUGAAGAACGGCCUGUUACACUUUUCUGAAAAUUUGUCUGCUAUACAGGAUUACAGACAGGCAGCAAUUCAGAGAGUAGAAUCUAAAGUGUUACGUCCACUUAGUGAUUAUGGAAAUAUAUGUAAACAAGUCAAGUCUGGGGUAAAAACAGAACUUACAGCAAUCAAAAAAGAACAGAAGAUGGUACAACAGCUCCAAAAAGUGCGAACGAAAAAUCCUGCCGAUGCUCAUCAAAUAAGUCGGGCAGAGACAGAAGUACAGAAGGCAUCUGCCGAUGCUUCUAUAGGAAGCAGAGCACUUGAAUCUCAGCUGGAUUUAUUUGAGAAAAAUCGUCUUCAUGACCUGAAGAACAUAAUGAUUGACUUUGUGAAUGUGGAGAUGAUGUUUCAUGCCAGAGCGUUAGAAUUCUACUCCAAGUGUUUUGAGAGUCUGGCAUUGGUGGACGAGGAAAGAGAUUUAGAUGAAUUCCGACGGAAGCUACGGCUUUCUAAAGGUAGAAAUCCUGAGGAAUACAACCAGACUAUUGAAAGUAUGGGAACAGGCACCUCGUCUGGAAUGUCCACCACAAUGGCUAGUGGAUCCAUGGAAACAGAUACAUAUGGGGACACUUAUGGGGACUCUUCAAUGUCAAUGUCUGGAUCUAAUCGACGAGUACGCAUCAACACCAGAGGGUCAACUAUGUAUGGUGACGAUGAUGACGACGAUGAUGAUGACGACGAUGAUUAUGAAGAUGACUUAUCAACUCGACGAUGA